CAAAUACCUCCCGGAAUAAGGAAGCUAAAAAAUUGUAACAAUAAAUCAUAAAGUCUUACUACUUUCAGUGUCCAGUCGAGCUCAAAGUGGGAGCAAUAAGUUUACAGGGAGUUAAGGUGUCCAGGGAGAGAAGGUAAUAUGGAAAAUAGCAAUGGAAGAGUAUGGUGGCAACCCAAGGAAUAUUACCACCCUCCACCGGGGUUACCAUUUGCACUUAUUCUGCUGAAUGAAGCUUUGGAUGAAAGAAAUGUUCAUUUUCUGAAUAUCCUGUGGCAUCGUGCUUCUGUGCGAGUUUGUGUCGAUGGUGCCAUGAACUCCUAUCACAAAUUAAUGAGGUGUAAGGAAACUGUGUCUUCUGAGGCACAGAACGAUGCAUCUAUAUCUGUCACUUCUGCUACUGACACCAAUCAGUCAAAACAGUCAUCUCAUCCAUCAUGUCCCCUGCCUGAUCUCAUUACUGGAGACUUUGAUUCUGUACAGUCUGAACUUUUGUCACUGUAUGGUAACCAAGGUGUUACUAUCAUACCAACACCUGACCAAGAUGAAACGGAUUUUACAAAGGCUGUUAAAGUGUUGGAAAAGUAUGUUGAAGGAAGAAAGUUGUCUUUAAAACACGUGGUGGUAAUUGCAGGGGUUAACGGUGGACGAUUUGAUCAUGUCAUGGCCAACAUUGCCACAUUGUACAAGGUUGGAGCACUAAUUUCAGAACCUGUUGUGGUUCUUACUGGAGGAAGCAUGUUUUGGCUGCUGACAGAUGGAGACCACAACAUUGAGAUACCAGAAGAUAUCUUGUUCAACGCUCGCUAUUCUUGGUGUGGCCUUAUACCACUUGGUCAACCAUCCACUGUUACUACCACCGGCUUAAAAUGGAAUCUAAACCACCAAGUAUUGGCAUUUGGACACCUUGUGAGCACUUCCAACACCUAUGACCUCACCUGCCAAGGAAGAGUCACAGUCACGACAUCACAACCUAUUCUUUGGACAAUGGGUUGGGAUACGGAUCUUGCUCCUACACUGACUGAUAUGGAGGAAAAAGUUUGUUUACCAGUAGAUACUCUCAAUAAAUUCUUGCUUGCUAAUAGUUCUAGUCAGUCCACCCAAACUUAGUUACUUUCACAGGAAUGCUCAUCAAAUGUUAAUACAGUAGUUACUAUAGAGAACAUUUCAUUCCUAUUAUGAUAACCAACAAGAACACUUCUGUUCUUGUUAACAGCUUAGAAUAAAUUUUAGUAAUGAGCAUCCAGAAUUUAAAAUUGAGUUAAAAUUUCUAAUCACCUCUAGUGGUGGACAUUAACAAAGCAGCCUUUCUUAAUUUCCAUCCACUUAUGUGUGUGUGUAAACUCGUGCAAUGUCAAAAGACUCAGUAUGCCACUUACACCCACCCACACAGAUAGACAGAAAUGAAGUAAAGUUACUUCUCUACCAUCCACCACUGCAUAUUUAUGGCCUGUGGACCUUCAGUGAGUGACCUGUGAAAUUCUAACACACUGAACACCCUAUGACAGAGUCCACCAGUGUCAUAGGGUACAGUUCUGUAGUAGAACUCAUUACCCAUGUAAAUAAUGUAUCCAGUGGUGUGGUUGUUAUGUGUAUGGUUAGUGAAGUGUUUGGGUCUGGAGUUAAACCCUUAGUAGCCCACUUCAUCUCAUGACCUCCUGGCUAUAAAAAUAGGUUUUAGAGCUCCAACCCUCAGGUCUGCCUUUUGCAGUCCACUAUCAAUGUAGGGUGCUGCAUAAGCCAAUCCUCACUGCCACCUUGGCUAUAAUCAGCCAACUUCCAGCUGGCUUUUGCUCCUGAUUGGAUAGUCCAAGGUGAUAAUUGUUUUUGUGCAUUGUAUUUCUCCUUUAAAUUUUUGUCAGGUCAAUAGUUUACUGUGUUGGGAUGUUAAGAUACAGGCUGCCACAGACUGCUAGUGAGUACAGAACAAGAAUUUUGUGGUGCAAGCUUCAUGCUCUGUACUGUUAAUAUCCCUUGUGCAUUUCUGAUGGCAGAAAAUGGAACCGACUUAAGUACUAAUGAUCUUGGUAUCAUACAUACAGUAUACCCAUACUCUCUACAGUUAAGACUUUUAAAGGAAACUUUUUGCAGUAAGAGGUGAUGAUGCCCUUAGCCUGAAAUAUGUACAGUCUCGUUCAAGAUUCUUCGAACAUUUAGAUCCCCGUUGCUUAAUUUAAUGGUUGGGCUUUGUUGUUUCGUAUUAUAUUACACUACGUACUAUAGUAAACAAACGGCCUUGAGUUGCCAGCUGUCUCCAGCAGUGUUCGAAGAAUCUUGAAUGAGACUGUACCAUUUCCUAGUUAGUUGCCAUAUUGUUACAAAAAAAUACAGCAUAUACCCAGUCAGUUAUGGAAGAGUAUUCUAGUUGGUGCAUUAUAUUUGUAGCCUCCAAUGUGGGUGUGUGGCUGAUGUUGGGGAGGGGGGGGGGGUUGGAGGGUGUGUGAUGUUGGAAUUUUGUGGGUGGUCGUGAGGUGACCCACGUACAUGCUGGGAGUUGGUUAUUGUUAUUUUUCAACUCAUAUUUUCAGGUAGAUAUACUGUAUGCAUGUAAUUUUCUUCAUUUCUUUUUUUAAUCUGUUGCAUGCACACAAUCUUCAUCCAGAGUGUGCAGAAAAAGUUUUAAGAAAUUAUUAUCAUUAGUCAAAAACAUUAAGACAUUUGACAAUUUUUACAACUGCUGGUUGGAGUCACCCGGAUUGUGUAAGGAGAAGGAGCAGUGGUGUUGAUCUCAGCUGCUGUAUUCUU